GCACCUGUGGGGAGGUGAGGGCCGGCAGUCCAGCACAAGAUGCCGGGCAGGGGAGAUGCCGGUGGGCUGGGGACCGGGCCGGGCUGGGGCCUCAGAGCCUAAUGAAAGCACCUGUGCCCCGGAGGCUCUGGAUGGACACCUGGGAGUGGCAAGGCGGGAGGGGCCCACACUUGGGACCCUGCUAGGGAGAGGGAAGGGCCACUGUCAGGCUCUUUCUCAGCUGGGCCACUGCCCCAGUCCUGCCUGGAACAACCACUCUGGCAUGAUGGACAUUGGGGUGGCUCAUUCUCGGGUGGGGCCAUCUGGGCACUGCGGGGUGCUGAGAAGCCACUCCAGGCCAGGAGAACUCGCAGUGGUGAUGAACCACAAAGUACCCAGACAUCGCCCCGUAUCCUCUGUGGGGACAGAGCUGCUCUGGGUAAGAUGUGCGCCUAAGAUGGUCCACCUGCCAAUCUGCUGCCUGCUCUUGACCCCUGCUCCAGGAAUUGGGCCCAGGGCCCAUGGCCACCUCCAUACCAACCUGGAGACUAGGGGACUUCCUAGAGGAACAAGGGAGAGUCAGCAGGCGGAGGGGGAAGGGGAGGCCAUCCAGGAAGGGCGGGGAGCGUGCAAACGGGCACAGAGAAAGGAGGGUGAGGGGCCCCGAGGACCCUGUGUAGUCAGGGCAGGCGGGGUGGGCUGGGGCACCAGGCAGGUAGCCGGGGAGCCUCCUCUGGUUGACCGUUCUACAGCUGGCACUUGA